GCCAGUGAGUGCGAUUGGCUGGGCCCCCGCUCCCCCCUCUGAUUGGCCGGCGCGGGCCGAAGCCUCGCGGCUGUGCCAGGUCGGUGUCUGUCAGCAUGGAGGGUGCCGUCUCCGACGUGGGGAUCUGCAACCUGGCCUACGCCGGGCGCCUGGAGGAGCUGCGGGCCCAGCUGCUGCACGACAGGGCGCUGGCCACCAAGGCCGACCAGGACAACCGCACCGCGCUGCAUUGGGCCUGCUCGGCGGGGCGCACGGACGUCGCCGACCUCCUGCUGGGGCUCGGCGUGCCUGUGGACGACAAGGAUGAUGCUGGUUGGACUCCCUUACAUAUUGCCGCUUCAGCAGGUCGUGAUGAAAUUGUGAAAGCCCUCAUUGCCAAGGGUGCUCAUGUAAAUGCUGUCAAUCAGAACGGCUGUACACCUCUGCAUUAUGCAGCCUCCAAAAAUGAACAAGAGAUUGCAGUCAUGCUUUUAGAUAACGGAGCUGAUCCAGAUGCAACAGAUCAUUUUGAAUCCACGCCAUUACACAGAGCAGCAGCCAAAGGAAACCUAAAAAUGGUACAGAUCCUUCUGAACUACAAGGCAUCUGUUAAUAUACAGGAUUCUGAAGGGAAUACUCCUCUUCAUUUAGCCUGUGAUGAAGAGAGGGUGGCGGAGGCAGAGCUGCUGGUUUCUCACGGUGCAAGUAUUCACAUUGAGAAUAAAGAAGAACUGACCCCACUGAAAGUGGCCAAAGGUGGCCUGGGAGCCAGACUUAAGAGAAUGGUGGAAGGCUAGUGGGGACUUCUCACUUGACUCUCUUUCCUGGUGCACUUGUACUCAAGACUUCAAACUUUGUAUUUCGGUAGUUCAACUAGGAUGUUGUGUAUGGGCAUCAGUGUGGUAAUAAAAUGUGUAUCUCUAGCUUGCCUUCAAGUAUAGUGCCAAUACAACCAUUUGUACUUCCUGUUAAUUAAAGAGUUCAGUGAUUUUUAAAGUAUUUUUCAAUAUCUUGCAGUUUUCUUUUGGUUUACAGUAUGACCUGUAUAAAUACAGUCCUUCCUUCUAUUUCAGAACCUAAUUUAGGAUUAUUUCUUUUAAGCAACAGGACCAAAAAUGCUUUAACCAUCUAAAGUCAAUUUUAUUUUGGCAGGUUAUUCUAGUCUUUGUUUUUUCUCCUCAGCCUUUGUGCCUUGUGUGUGGUUUUUCGUUUGUUUGGAUUUUUUUUUGUAGGCACUGAUUCUCUUCCUUCACAUUAUUCUAAACAACACCUUUCCUUUUGUUGGAUGCAGUUUGCUCAGUUACUUAGAUAAUUGUAUCCGUUUUUACUCAGCCUAUUCAAGUGAGCUCUGAGUGUUUAAAGCUCUUCUGUUGUUAUCUAUUGUUAUCCUGUUUCUUUGAAUCUUUAAAUACGUGUAUUUGGUGAAGUGCACUGAGCUGUUGGCAGAGUAAAGGCAGUUUCAGGGUUAUCUCUGCAAAUACAGUGUUACAUAAUGAAUGGUUCUGGAUACUUCUCUGGGAUGUACUUCAAAUCUAAUUUUAUUUCCUCUUUGUCCUUCUGUAGGUUUGUUUUUCUGUUCUGUUUUUCUUGCAGUUUCCUAUCAUAUUUUAUAACGGAAGCCUGGUUUAAUUUCUAUUUACUCAUAGCAAAUCCUGGUAUUAAGUUAUUAGAAGGCAGAGCUAAUGAGACUGAGUCUGAAAAGUGACCUCCUGUUCUGAUGUUGGAAAGAUCACUUUUGACACUAGUGGGGUAGCUUCUCCCUUCUGAACAACGAUGCUGAUGAAAUUGUGUGAAAUAAAGAACUUUCCUAAACAACA